AUGGUUUGGGAUCUCAUCCGAGAUUCGACGUUCGGGCAUCUGGUGCGCCUUGCGAGCAAAGGGCGAAUCUUUUCCUAUGCAGAAGAGAGGGAUACGUCGUUGUGGAAGAAGUUUGUCAACGAAGAAAAGUCGGGAUAUAUUGCGCAUCAUGGAGACACUAGUCCUCCCUCGGAUUAUUCAAAAGAAGAGCUUAGAGGAGUAAGGACGGGUGAUGACGACUAUGCGUAUCCCUCUGCUCAUGCAGACCUCCCGGAAGAAAGAUAUAAUGAAGCAAGUGAUGUGAGGAUAGACUCUGAAAAGGGGAAGGAUCUGCAUGUCAUCGAUUGGUAUGGACCGGAUGAUCCAGAUAAUCCUAGAAACUGGUCUACCACCAAGAAGUUCUUCGUUACUUUCGAGAUCGUCUUCCUUACUUUCAGCGUCUACAUUGGGUCGGCCAUCUACAGUGCCGGAAUAAUUGGCGUUCAGCAGACCUUUGGCGUGAGCCAAGUUGCGGCUACGCUUGGACUGACGCUCUAUGUAGCCGGUUAUGGCCUGGGACCGAUGGUUUGGGCUCCAAUGAGCGAAGUGCCGUACAUCGGGCGCAACCCCAUAUACAUCUCUACGCUGUCAACUGGAGGCGCUACCAUUGCGGACAUGUAUCGACCACAAAAGCAAGCGUAUGGACUAUGCGUUUGGGGUAUAGGAGCGGUCUGCGGCCCUGUCCUUGGACCUCUGGUUGGUGGCUUUGCAGCAGAAGCCAAGGGCUGGACGUGGACUAUCUGGGAGAUCAUGUGGCUUUCAGGCUUCUGCUGGGUGUUUCUGUUCUUCUUCCUCCCGGAGACGAGUUCGACAAAUAUCUUAUACCGACGCACGAGGCGGCUGCACAUCGCCAUGAUGACGCUCGUCCGUCCUAUAACUCUCAACUUCACCGAGCCGAUGGUCUUCCUCCUCAAACUAUACAUCGCCCUGGUUUAUGGUCUUCUCUACAUAUGGUUCGAAUCCUUCCCCAUCGUCUUCAUCGAGAUCUACGGCUUCACUCUCGGCCAACAAGGUCUCGCCUUCCUCGGCCUCCUCGUCGGCGCCCUCAUCACGCUCGUCUGCCUCUUCUCCUGGCUAUACUUCUACCAAGAAAAGCAAUUCAACGAGAACGGCGAGAUCGAGCCCGAAAAGCGCCUGCAGCCCGCCAUGGUCGGCGCCUUCUUCGUUCCCAUCUGCCUCUUCUGGUUCGGUUGGUCGGCGCGCUCAGACAUCCAUUGGAUCAUGCCCAUUAUAGGCAGCAGCUUUUUCUCCGUCGCCGCAUUCCUGCUCUUUCAGGCUGUACUUCCGUAUCUAUCGGACGCGUAUCCCGAGUAUUUGGCGAGUGUGUUUGCCGGAAACGAUCUUUUUAGGAGCUCCUUCGGUGCAGGGAAUCUGGGUGUGAAUUGGGCGAGCAGCACGUUGGCGUUUCUGGGGAUUGUCUUUAUUCCCAUUCCGUUUGUGCUGUAUAGCUAUGGGGCGCGUUUGAGGAAGAUGAGUCGGCAUGCGAAGAAGGACUUCUAA